AUCCAUCCUCCCUCAUCCCAAAAUCAAUUUCCAAGUCUUUAUCGAUCAAUUCAUUUCAAUCACAAGUACGACAAAACCCUACAAAUGGCACGCACAAAGCAAACCGCCCGCAAAUCCACCGGCGGCAAGGCGCCCCGCAAGCAGCUGGCCACCAAGGCCGCCAGGAAGUCCGCCCCAGCCACCGGCGGAGUGAAGAAGCCCCACCGCUUCCGCCCAGGCACUGUUGCCCUCCGCGAGAUCCGCAAGUACCAGAAGUCCACGGAGCUGUUGAUCCGUAAGCUACCGUUUCAGAGACUUGUUCGUGAGAUUGCGCAGGACUUCAAGACGGAUCUGAGGUUCCAGAGCUCCGCCGUGGCUGCGCUUCAGGAGGCAGCGGAGGCAUACCUUGUCGGACUCUUUGAGGAUACCAAUCUGUGUGCUAUUCAUGCCAAGAGGGUGACAAUUAUGCCAAAGGAUAUUCAGUUGGCGAGGAGGAUUAGGGGUGAGAGGGCCUAAUAACAUUUGGAGGUAUUUUUUGCCACAGUGGUGGCCAGUGGCUGUAGAAGUUGUAGUGUGUUUGUUAGGGUAAAUAAGUUGGUUAUUGAUAUUGUAGCGAAGUGGCUGUGUUUCUGAUUUUGACGAAACGGGUAGUUUAAAUUUCUUCUA